AUGGAGAGCAUUUUGACAGUGGUUAUCACCAGUCGCAUGAACUAUCAAAUGCCUCAAAGAUGCUGUGUGACAGGCUGUAAAAGCAAUUACUCAUCUACAGAGUACACAACAGUUUUCUCUUUCCCCAAAAGUCAAGAAAUGAUUAAAGAUAAAGUAAAAAGAGAUGAUGGGUCAUGGUUAAUAGUUCCUAGAUUGAAACCAAAAAUAACUGAAGAUGCCUAUCCUUCCAUAUUUCCAAAUUGUCCAGCUUACCUUUCACGUAAGCCUCCAGCCAAAAGAAAAGCUGGUGAUGACAGAAGAAAAGAAUUAUUUGAAUGUGAUAAUCAACAGUUUCGUGAAUGGUGCCAAAAAGAUAUCAUUAAAUCACUUGCAGAUUUGAAAGAUGGUAUUUCCAAUCAUGUUGCAAAUUCUUGGUUGUAUUUAUUUGAUACAGAAUAUGUUUUAUUAUAUAAAAUUACAAUGUCAGAUAUUCCACAAGUAACCCAUGCUAUUAAAUUGUUUCAAAAUUUUGAUAUAUGCAUAUAUUUUAAUGGAACCCAAUUGGAUAACAAAAACUUUAAAUGGCUGUUAGGAUCAGAAAAAAAGUGUGAUCAAUGGACUAAAUUUGAGGCAUUAUUGAGUCAUUUACAAGGAUAUAACAAAAAUGAAAGAUAA